GAAAACAGAAUCUACAUGCUGCAACUGCAACUGCAAAGAUACGAAAGUAUGCGGCUACUGGCCAUAGAAAUCGCACCUCUACGUACGGUUCUUGUUUCAACCGUCAUUCCCGGCGCCGGCUCCGGCGGUGGUAGAAAUAUCAAAAGCAUUGUCAAGUCACACAACCGCAAUUUUGCCCAAGGUCUUGUUACUUCAGGUCGCAUUCCUUCCUAUAAUUGUUGCCGCAAAAGCAAGCAGCGGCAUUCUAGGGUUAAUGCUGCAAAUGCCUCCUCCGGCAGCGGUUCUGAUGAUCCGAGCAACUCAACUAGACAGCUGGCUGUUCUUCUCGAAGUUGAAGGGGUCCUCAUGGAUGUAUAUCGCAUGGGCAAUCGUGAAGCCUUCAAUUUAGCAUUUAAGAAAUUGGGAUUGGAUUGUGCAAAUUGGACAGAACCAAUCUACUUAGAUCUUGUAAGGAAGAGCUUUGGUGGUGAGGAGGAAAUGCUAACUUUGUACUUCAAUAAGAUAGGUUGGCCUACUUCACUCCCCACUAAUGAGAAGGGAAGUUUCAUGAAAAGUGUUCUGCGAGAAAAGCAAAAAGCAUUGGAAGAUCUUGUGAUGUCAAAAUCUUUGCCUUUGAGACCUGGUGCUGAAGACUUUAUUGAUGAUGCACAUAAAGAAGGUGUUCCUGUUGUUGUACUAGCUGCCUACAGUAAAAGUGGUGAAAAUAUAGCAAAGCCAAUUAUCGAAAGGCUUGGCAAAGAUAGGAUGUCAAAAAUUAAAAUUGUUGGGAAGAUGGAGGUGGAGGAAAGUUUUUAUGGACAGCUUGUAUUGGGUAAAGGAGUUUCUUCAAGUUUGGAUGAGAAAUUAAUUAGUGAAGCAAGAAAAGCAGCUGCUAUUGAGAAGCAAAAAAUUGCUAAAGAGGUUGCAUCAGCUCUGAAAUUGAGUGUUGACAUUGAUACAACUUCAAGUGAAAGUGUAAAGAAAAUUGUGGCUGCACUUAGAGCAGGAGCUGAAUAUGCAGAAGUAGGUGUUCCUGAUUGUGUUCUUGUUGCUGGAAGUCUUCCUGGGGUGACUGCAGCUGAGCAAAUUGGCAUGCCAUGUGUUGUUCUUCGCAGCAGAUUGACAUCGAGGGCUGAGUUUCCUUCAGCAGAUGCAAUAUUGGAUAGUUUUGGUGCUCCGGAUUUGACAAUAUCAAGAUUACGACAACUCAGAUCUUCUUCAUAAAUACCCCAAAAUCAUCCAAUUUUUGUAUAUGUUGUGGUAUCUAGUAUGUACUAUGUAUUUAUUAUAACAUAAUUUAUCAAACACGAGAACUUUUAUUGUUUGCUUUGA